AUGGCCAAUUUGGACCAUACAGAUCUUCCGCUGAGGGUGUCAUUCAUCAAAUCCGAAGCACCUCGUAUCCAUAAGGCUUUAUCUAUCCCUUCAGAUUAUGACCGACUGACUGAUACAUUUGUCCCUCCACGUCAGUUCAGUAUUUCGGAUGGCCAGUUUCAAGUCGAGAAGGAAGAUUUGCAAGCCGUCAUUGCUGAGUUUCAGAGCUCUUUCCCCAAUAGCGGCCUAGAGCUUGAUGCGCAAAAUUGCAGUUGGGAUGUUGUGUUCAAACAACUGGAAUCUGCCCAGGUGCGCCAUGAGGCUAUGGAAAACGACGUCGGCAUUGGAUACCUGCGUAAGCUGUGGCGGAAAGCAGGAGAGAAUGCGGACAAAGUCGACCCGUGGCUGGACUUCAUUCCCGACGAAAAAGGCCUCAACUUCGUGCGAGCGGGCUUGGUGGUUAUCUUGCAGCUUGCGAAACGGGCAGCAGAAGAGCGGGAGAGGGUGCAAAAAGCCGUCGUAGUAGUAGUCGAUGCCGUCACCAGCGCAAGUCCGAAGCGGAGAAUAUUCAGAUGGGACGACUCCCUGAAGAAUUGUAUACACAAGCUAUACGCAUCGGUCCUGGAGGCGGUUGCUGUGAUCAUCCAGUACCUUCUCCAACGAGUGGAGAAGCCAAGAUUUCCUGAAAAGGCCAUCAAGAAGGCCCGGGGCCUGUUCAAAGACAAAGACGAAAAGCCAGCAAAGGCAAAACCGCCAACGAAGUCGGUGAAGCACGUUGACAAUGCCGUUGAAAGCGUCCAAUUGAAAGCCGAAGAGUUCUUGGAGCUGUGCAUCAACUUGAGGGACGAGAUAUUCGUUGCAACGUACAUGCAGGGGCUUGAAUCUCGGGAAUCGCUCCGCCGUAUCGACGCAUACACGAAGCACAAUGCUAUUACCAGCAUCCAGAUCCAGCAAACAGUAGACAGUCAUAUCCCGGCGAUCAGAGAGACAGUGGAUGAGUGCCUUCCGGAAAUCCAAGCUCAAAACAAAGUCACGCACGACAAGCUGGACGACGUCAAGAAAGCGAUCGAGGCCGAAUCUGACGCUCGGUACGCCAAACUCGAGAACCUCAUGAAGGAGGAGAUAGGUCGAUGCGCACAGAAUCUGUUCAACGAGUUCUUGAAGAGUCACGAGAAGACGCUGGAUCAGGGACAAGAUCGACAUGGGGCCCGCCGCCUCGCUCUUUCCGCUCCAGAGAUACCAAGAUCGCGGACUCCCGCCCCGGGUCCUGCGCCACUUGCGUCUCUCGAGGUGCUAAUAGAAGUGCUGGGAAUCCCACUUUCGGUGCCCAACGACGACCUGGACAUCAUUCUGAUGGAGAAGGAGUGGUUCAAAGAACAGACGCUAUCGAUGACGGAGAUGCUCUUUCAGACACCUCAUUUCGGCGAGUGGUUCUUCAGUGAUGGCUCCGGCCUCCUCCUGGCAGACGGAAACGAUGAAGAACACGCUAAUGACGCAAUAUCAGCCAUGUCGGUCGUCUGUCUCAGUCUGAUCGGCAGCAUCGUCAGCGCGCGGCGAGACAAUCAGGUUAUUCUUCACUUCUUCUGCAGCCUCCACCGCGACGACCGCGAGGGACCCGGCCUAAUGAUGCGGUCGCUCAUAAUGCAAUUGCUGUUUGCCCUCCGGACACACCAUUACUUGGAUCUCGGCUUCAUCCCUAACGAUACCUGCCUGCAAGAUUUGCAGGAAGGCGAAUUCCAGGCAUUUCUGUUCAUCUUCAAGGGAUUGAUUCGGCAGUUCCCUGCCUACAUGACCGUAUAUUGUGUCAUUGACGGUGUGCAGUCAUUUGAGAGCUACCCUUACCACUUCCAGAGCGAUAUGCUGGGUUAUGUGAGGGAGUUGCGAAAGCUGGCAUGGCCCCUGAGAUCGAACGGAUGGCAUGGUCAUCUCACAGGAGACUAUGGAAGCUAUGGAACCGCACGUUGCAAGUUCAAGGUGCUUCUCACGAGUGCAAACGGGACAGAUUUGAUCGGGCAACAAAUCACUAGUCCUUCGCGGCGUGUUGCUCUCGGGUAUGAUUUCUGA